AUGGAGGUUGAGAAGGCUAUUGAUGAAAGUAAUGGCUACUAUGUAGAAUUUGCCAAUGCUUUGAAAGACUUCAUGGUUGGUGAAUUCGAUGAGGUGAACUCAUCAGAUCCAUUUGAUAUUGUUCGAGAAUACCGUUCCAUUGCUGGCAGGUAUGCAGCUGAAACGCUAAAUAGUAAUACCGAAUCUUCAUCUGACUGGGAGCUCGAAGCUAAACUCUGGCAUUUAUUCGAGCUGCUCUUGAGCUUUAGAACAUCCGAUCAGGAGUUGGAAAUAACGGAAGUACGUCAUUACAACUCAGAUGCAGUCUUUGAGAAACAAUUGCUACAUGAGAACAGAGAGCUGUACCAAAUAUGGAUAAUUAUUGUAUGGAUACAAGAUAAUAUGAGGGAACCCGAGAGGCCGUCACGUCUCCCAGCUUCAAAAUGGUCGAACACUAUGAUAUCCGGUGGAAUCAAAAGUUCUGAUUUAGAUUAUCCGUUGCGUGAGAAGAAGGCUGAAAUCGAUCCUCGGGACAAAGAGGAGGACUCUAUCUUUUUCAAAUACAUCUACGAGUUGUUGAUAGCUGGGAAAGUCGAGGAAGCUUUGGAAGAAUGUAAGCUAUCUGAUAACUUGACGAUCAGUAUGAUAUUAUGUGGGAUGCAGUUAUAUGUUAACCCCAGGGUUGACACGCAACUUCGUGAAGAUUUCGAGAGUCAACAGGGUAUCAAGAAACAUGCUCUUUGGAGAAGAACGGUUUACAGUCUUUCGCAAAACACAGAACUAAAUUAUUAUGAAAGGGCAAUCUAUUCAUUCUUAGCCGGUGAUAUACCUCCCGAGGAAGUGAUGAAUAUUUCCAGCUGGGAUUCAGGGCUCUUAGUCUACUUGAAUCAGAUCCUGCAGAUUGAGGUCGAAAACUACCUCAACAGUGAGAAUAAAAUAUCUAAAGAUGAGCUAAUUUUUUCUUUGCCAUCACAUCCUAACGAUUCACAGACGGUGCUGAAUCGCUUGUCACUAGCAUACCCGCAGGAAAGCGAACACCCUAUCCGAGUACUGAUUGGUGGAAUCAUUCUUAACACACUCGAACCCGUUUUAAACUCUGCCGUUAAGCUUUUAAUGGAGAUGGUGCAAGGUCAAACCGCAGAAAACGAUCUUGCCGAGAAACCUUACUUAUUGAGAAUUGUUACUCAUAUGAGCAUCUUACUAGACAUCAUAAGUCCAGGCCUUGUUUCGAAAAGGAAUAAAUCGAAACUAAUUACCGCCUAUAUCAGUAUCAUGAAACUCCAUGAACUAUAUGAUGUGAUACCCGUCUACAUUGAUUUCCUUGAUAGCGAAGAAAUUGUAGAUGCAUACUCAUUUGUUCUCUCUACGUUGGAAGAUCCAGAUGUAAGGAAGAAACAGAUCGAAAUCGCGAACUUCCUAAGAUUACCGACAUCGAACAUUCUACGAAAGACAACCGAAAGAAUCUUUGCCGAGACGGAAGAAGAGUAUACUCCUCGGGACGAGGUGUCUGUGACCUUUGACGUCCCACCUGUCGAUAAACAUUUGAUAUUUGGUGUUGAAUGGUUGAUACAAGGCAAACUCUAUGUUGAUGCAGUAGAUUCCGUUAUCGCCCUCUCCAGAAGGUUUUUAAUCAACGGCAAGAUAAAAUCCCUGGAGUAUUUCAUCAAUGGCAACUCCCUUGACGACUUGUUGAAAAACUACGAGCUGGAAGUCAUUUAUCAAAGAAAUCAUGAUGACGAGAAAGAAAGUAAGAAGAAGGAAAUACAGGAGUACCAACGACUAAUAAGAGAACUGAAAAAAUUCGAAGAAUGGAAAGAUACAGUAAGCAAAUUGAACUCUGAAUCAAACGUUCCAUCACUGAUAGAGAAGUUUCAGCAAUAUUCACGCGGUACAUUUGACCUAAUAAAACAUUUCUUCGUUGAACUAUCUGAGCACGAAGAUCAUCCCGACAGGGAAAUAUACUAUGAAAUCAGAUCCCUAUACACACCAUAUUUGAUCAUUGAGUUGCACAAGGAACUUGUAGAAGCGGCAAUGCUCCUCAAAAUCCCAACUUUUAUCCGCGAAGCAUUGGGAUUUGCGAAUCUAGUCGCCAACGAGACUGAUAAGAUUUACUUACUCUUUCAAUCGAGCGGUAAACUCAAGGAAUACUUGAGAUUAGUUGCACAAACGGCUACUUUAUCUGGAGAUAAUUUUGUAUAA